AUUUAUUAAUGUUUUUCCCGCGCCCGAUGAAAAAAAAAUAUUUAGGCGUAAAAUAAAGACGAACUAUCGUUAAACAUGCCUUCAGCUUCGGAAAGCAACGAAACGUCAGUAAAAUCAACUUAUUCUCCAGAUACCCUACCUGAAUUACUACCAGUUUACUACAAGAGGCUGUUUCCAUUCGGACCCUACUACAGAUGGCUUAAUUAUGGAGGAGUUCCAAAGAGCUACUUUUUGAAUCGUGAGUUUUCCUUCACUCUUGAGAACGACAUCUACAUCCGCUACCAAUCGUUCAGUGACCAGAAUGAAUUGGAGAAAGAGAUACAGAAAAGAUGUCCAUACAAGAUUGAUAUCGGCGCUGUAUUCACGCACAAGCCCAAAGACCAUCGGACGUUAAAGGCGGCUGCAUUUCAAGCCCAGGAGAAAGAGCUUGUCUUUGAUAUUGAUAUGACGGAUUAUGAUGAUGUCAGGAGUUGUUGCCAAGGUGCAGAUAUAUGCUCCAAAUGUUGGCCCCUGAUGACGAUUGCAAUAAAGAUUGUGGACAGUGCCCUCUUUGAGGACUUUGGUUUUGAGCAUCGUUUGUGGGUGUAUUCAGGUCGACGUGGUGUUCAUUGUUGGGUGUGCGACGAGGCUGCUAGAAAACUCUCUCAGAAUGCACGGUCAGCAAUUGCAGAAUAUCUCAGCAUUGUCAAGGGAGGAGAAAAUCAGGUGAAGAAAGUAAGCCUUCCAGAGCAGCUACAUCCAUCUGUAGAGAGAGCUAAACAGGUGAUAGUAAGCUACUUUGAGGAUUACGCUCUCAAUAGACAGGACAUCCUCGGUGACAAAGAUUCAUGGAAGAAAGUUCUGGCCCUCGUUCCUGAUGAAACUCUCCGAGGUCAUCUAGAGAAUGACAUGGCCAAAGGGUCAAACUCUUUGGAGAGGUGGAAAUUGCUUAGGGAAAGAGUUAGCAGAGAAGUAUCGGUGGGCCGGGCCAAGCGUUGGGGUCAGUUGGUAGCCGAGAUAGCCUUUCAGUACUGCUACCCAAGACUGGACGUCAACGUGAGUAAAGGUGUUAACCAUCUUCUGAAGAGUCCCUUCUGUGUCCAUCCUAAAACUGGGCGUGUCUGCGUUCCCAUGGAUAUUGCUGAGCUUGACCGUUUUGACCCGAUGGCAGUCCCAGAUAUCAGCCGACUGUGCCUUGAAAUUGAUGAGUAUGAUCGGAAGAAUCAACCAAAAAAUCAAUCAACAGAGAAUGAUGAAAAUCAGCCUCCCACAAAGAAAAGAAUGAAAGACUACAAGAAAACAAGCCUUCUAAAGAAUGUUGAAGUCUUUGAGAAGUUUGUUGUAUCCAUGGAGAAGACAUGGAAAGGAAAAUUACAGGAACAAAGUGAUCAGCAAAUGGAAUUCUGAAGUCUUCACCUGCAACCUGCAAACCCUAAUAGCAGUAGUACCGAAAACGGAUAACUCCACUCCAAUGAGCAAGGGAGCAAUUCCCAUUCUGCCUACAAAUAUGAGAACUGUUCUCAAGAGCUCAGCGAUGCAGAACGGUACAUUUUUUGCAGCAUUUUGUGUAAUGUGGGGCAAAUAGAAAGAAAUGGUGAAAUACAGAUAGCAAUGGUACAAAACUUUUACAAUGUAUUUUCAGUUAUAGUCAAAUUACUGUCUCUAUUCUUGUAAUGGCUGGCUUCUUGAGCAUCAAAUAUCAUCAACAAAAGACUUAGGGCAUGGAUUGAUCAAGAAAUUGGAAUGGUGAGUAAAAAUAAUGAUAUUAAACCUGCCUAUCCUUGCAGCAGGCACGAUGCAAUGAAACAUCUUUGUGUUGUAAUGUUAUGGAAACACAAUCACUACUCUCACAGUGCAAGACAAAAUGAACGUAUCUUGAUUGCAGUGUCAUAUUCAAGAAUAAUAAUCUGCACUUAGUACAUCUGAACGAUGUGUCUACGUGCUUCACAGAUGUAUUAUUUUGAAUAUCUAUUGAUACCUGUGAUCCAUGAAUUUCUUUUUGAGAUUCAGCAACCAUCUGCAAUCUUAUUCUUUAAAUUUUGAACCUCUUCUGCAGAAAAUGUUAUUAUGUUAUUUGCACAAUGAAAGAGGAAGAAUGAAGCUCAACUUUACAUGUCAGUUAUUAUUAUGAUAAAACAUCAAUUAUUCUCAGUUACAUUGCUACACGAAUACACCUUGCGUGGAAAAGAAUUACAAUCGAAAGUAAGAAAUUUGGGGCCCAAUCAUUUUUUAU